UAAACAAAAACAAAAAGCAAAAGAAUCUCUUAAUUUAAAAGAUGAGACGUCUCAGAACCCUUUCGAAAAGUUGUCCAAAAUGCGAAGCUGGCGUUGCAGUUGCGAGUCGAAUAUGCGGCGAAUGUGGAUUUGCUUUUGCCCGACAAACACGAAGCUCGGUCACAACAACUCCGAGUACGAGCAGCAGCGGAGUUCAGAAAAAGGGAGAAACGAAGGCUGUGGCAGAACAGAGACGCACAGGAAGAGUUCGAAUUGCGAAGAAACCGAAUUACUAUGAUAGUCAAGAGUUUGAGAAGAAAAAGAAGAAGGAACGGGUGACGAGAGGUAAAAACAUAUUUUGCAACAGAAAAGGCAAAGAAGAGACGACAAAAGUAAAAGAAACGACAGAAGCACGAGCAAAACGAAGACGUGCUAAAAAGGAAGAAGAAGAAGGUCGAGAUAUGUUGGAAAAAAUUCCAAUCGAGAAACAAGAGUUAGCUAAAAUUAUCCUCAGCGAAAUUAAUAGAAAAAUGUUUUCCGUUGUAUGGAAACCAUCUGACUGAUAUUUUUUAGACAUUAAGGACAACAAAUUCAUAAACACAUUCAAAGAAAAAAAUAUUUAUUUUAUAAAUAAAUCUACCGUGGUUUUCUAAAAAAAAAGAAAAAUACAGGAGAAAUAAAUUCAUUUGA